CUUCGAUAUUGGCAGUGUGCGCUCGGGGAGUGAAGAGAGAGGUGUGUGCAUUCGGCUCCUCCGUCGCCGCUAACUAAACCCGUCUCCCGUCACUCGUAAUGUCCCUUUGGAGGAAUGUAGGAGCAAGUGUAACAAAGAAGCAUCGAUCAUAGUGCUGCCGAGAGCUUUGUGAAGGCACUUGAUUAAAAGAAUUACCGGUGAAUUUUUAGCUGGUUGGUGAUUUGGAAAACAAAAUAAGUGCAAACACAGCCUAGCGAUAAAGUGAUCGUUUUCAAACCGGAUUAAAAAAAAUAAAAGGUCUAACAAUCCAACUAUUCUAAUUAAAGUGAUCUUGUUCAACUAAAGCUUGCACUGCAUCGGCACUAUAUACUCCUUGUCAUAUUCGAAAAGUAGCAGCUUGAUGACUUUGGCCUCAUCACUGCACUGCAGCUCAGGCUCUAACAUCGAAAGUGAUAAAGGAACCUCAGAUUGUGUCGUGCGUACACAUGCCAAUCCAAAGGACGCGAUAGAUGGUAAUGUCGACUGGUAUAAAGUGGAUGGUGCCCUCUCCAUGUGGUGCGGCAGGUGGAGUAAGGCACUAUUGAUUACGGUGCCAGUGUAGUCCAGGGCUGGUGGCACUGGUCUGCUCCUCCUACCAAGGUCCCUCGCCGCCGUGUGUGGUACCCGGAGAGUCAGGGAGCUUAAAAGAGACACGCAGAAAGAAAAUGCUUAUUCAUUACUACCCUGGUACCAGUGACCGUAGCGUAUCGUCAUAUUAGGAGAACACACAGACAGAUACAAAGGUCGUGCGAUCGCAUUAGCCCCUCAGGGUCCCUCCAAACCAGCCUCCAGAGUGUGGUGUCUUGCAUGACCGACGUGGCGACGCUGCUGAGCAUCUCCAACACGAUGUCAGCUGCUGAGACGCGUCUGCCACAGGCUGGGGGGGAAGCCAGAAGCUCCCCACACCCCCACGAUGCCUCCGCCUCGCCCGCCGCGGCGCAGGACGCUCCUGACGGGGACUCAAUCAUGCUGCUGGAGCCUCGUCCCUUCAGGCCCUUCAAAACCUCUGAAGAGUACCUUUACGCCAUGAGGGAAGACUUGGCCGAGUGGCUCAAGAACCUUUACCAGCUCGACAUCAAUGUGGACAACUUCUUCGAAAUUCUUGAGACUGGAGAAGUUCUCUGCGGGCACGCCAACAACGUGCGGCGCCUGGCGGAGGAGCAGCGGCAGCAGGGCCUGCAGCCGGAGGGCCCAGCCGCAGGCGGCGGCCGCAGGUUCUCGUCCAAGUGGGAGAUCCCGCAGUACGACGUGGUCUACCGCACCGACGUGGCGCCCGGCUCCUUCUUCGCCAGGGACAACGUGCACAACUUCAUCGCCUGGUGCCGCGACCUCGGCAUCUACGAGGUGCUGCUCUUCGAGACGGACGACCUCGUCAUGAGGAAGAACGAGAAGCACGUGAUCCUCUCGCUGCUGGAAGUGGCCCGGCGGGGCGCCAGGUACGGCAUGGCGGCGCCCCUGCUGGUGCAGAUGGAACACGACAUCGACCGCGAGAUGGAGAAGGAUCGCCUGGCGGAGGAACGCCGCGAGAACGGCGGUUUGUGCGGGGGGGAGUUCGACCACGAGAACGGCGACUGGAACGACGACGGGGGGGACCUCGAGGACGAGACCCCGCAGAUGUUCUACGGUCCUCAGGCACAGAUCAUCACCAACGAUCUCAAAAGUCUGGAUGAAAUGGUAAGUGUUUUAAGCACGUCAUCAGCGGCGCGAAACAUACCCAGUCGAUCGUAUAUUAUUUGGUAAGUUACUGUUAUUGUUUUCGUGUUGUUUUAUACGGAUUUUAUAAUGGGUUAUAAUGGCGGUUUAAAGGAGAGGGAAGGUAAUGUAGCAGA